UCAGCCCGGCCCGGCCGAUGGCGGAGGCGCCCCUCUCCGCCGCCACCUCCCGGCUCCCCCGCGCGUCGCUCUUCCCGAUGGCCCAGCCCCGUCCCGCGCGCUGACGGCCGGCGGGCGAGCGAGCGCGGCGCCAGCCCCGGGCGGCGGGGAGGGAGGAGGGGACCCGCCGCGAGCGGCCGGAGGAGGCUGCCGGAGCCGACUUUUCGCCAAUGGUCCAGCGCGACAUGUCCAAGUCGCCUCCCUCGGCGGCGGCGGCGGUGGCGCAGGAGCUGCGGAUGGACGUGCUGGAGAGCGCGGCGCCCGCGGGGGCGCUCGGAGCGGCGGCGGCACAGUCAUAUGGAAAAGGAGCUAGAAGGAAAAACAGAUUUAAAGGAUCCGAUGGGAGCACGUCAUCUGACACUACCUCAAAUAGUUUUGUUCGUCAGGGUUCGGCAGACUCCUACACCAGCCGUCCAUCCGAUUCAGAUGUGUCUUUGGAGGAAGACCGGGAGGCGGUGCGCAGAGAAGCAGAGCGGCAGGCCCAGGCCCAGUUGGAAAAGGCAAAGACAAAACCUGUUGCAUUUGCAGUUCGGACAAAUGUCAGCUACAGCGCAGCCCAUGAAGAUGAUGUUCCGGUGCCCGGCAUGGCCAUCUCAUUUGAAGCAAAAGAUUUUCUGCAUGUUAAGGAAAAAUUUAACAAUGACUGGUGGAUAGGGCGAUUGGUUAAAGAAGGCUGUGAAAUCGGAUUCAUUCCAAGUCCAGUGAAACUAGAGAAUAUGAGGCUACAGCAUGAACAGAGAGCCAAGCAAGGGAAAUUCUACUCCAGUAAAUUAGGAGGAAAUUCAUCAUCCAGUUUGGGUGACAUAGUACCUAGUUCCAGAAAAUCUACACCUCCAUCAUCUGCUAUAGACAUAGAUGCUACUGGCUUAGAUGCAGAAGAAAAUGAUAUUCCAGCAAACCACCGCUCCCCUAAGCCCAGUGCAAACAGUGUAACGUCACCCCACUCCAAAGAGAAAAGAAUGCCCUUCUUUAAGAAGACAGAGCACACGCCUCCCUAUGAUGUGGUUCCUUCCAUGCGCCCCGUGGUCUUGGUGGGCCCUUCCCUGAAGGGGUACGAGGUCACAGAUAUGAUGCAAAAAGCGUUGUUUGAUUUUUUAAAACACAGAUUUGAAGGGCGGAUAUCCAUCACAAGGGUCACUGCUGACAUCUCGCUGGCCAAACGCUCAGUGUUAAAUAACCCCAGUAAGCACGCAAUCAUAGAAAGGUCCAACACAAGGUCAAGCCUAGCGGAAGUUCAGAGUGAAAUAGAAAGGAUUUUUGAACUUGCAAGAACAUUGCAACUGGUAGUCCUUGAUGCGGACACUAUUAAUCAUCCAGCUCAACUCAGUAAAACCUCUUUGGCCCCUAUUAUAGUUUAUGUAAAGAUUUCUUCUCCUAAGGUUUUACAAAGGUUAAUAAAAUCCCGGGGAAAAUCUCAAGCUAAACACCUCAAUGUCCAGAUGGUAGCAGCUGAUAAACUGUCUCAGUGUCCUCCAGAGUUGUUUGAUGUGAUCUUGGAUGAGAACCAGCUCGAGGAUGCUUGUGAGCACCUUGCCGACUACCUGGAGGCCUACUGGAAGGCUACCCACCCGCCCAGCAGCAAUCUCCCCAACCCUCUCCUUAGCCGCACUUUAGCCACUUCAGCGCUGCCUGUGAGCCCCACUCCAGCCUCUAAUUCACAGGGUUCUCAAGGCGAUCAGAGGACUGACCGCUCUGCUCUCGCCCGCUCUGCCCCCCAAGCUGAAGAAGAACCCUGCCUGGAACCAGCCAGGAAAUCCCAGCACCGGCCUUCCUCCUCAGCCCCGCACCACAACCAUCGCAGUGGGACACACCGAGGCCUCUCCAGGCAGGAGACAUUUGACUCAGAAACCCAGGACAGUCGAGACUCUGCCUACGUGGAGCCGAAGGAAGAUUACUCCCAUGAGCAUGUGGACCACUAUGCCCCACACCGUGACCACAACCACAGAGAGGAGCCCCACGGGAGUGGUGAGCACAGGCACAGGGAGUCUCGGCACCGGCCCAGGGACCUGGAUCGAGAGCAGGACCACAAUGAAUGCAACAAACAACGAAGUCGUCAUAAAUCCAAGGAUCGCUACUGUGACAAGGAUGGAGAAGGAAUAUCCAAAAAAAGGAAUGAGGCUGGGGAGUGGAACAGGGAUGUUUACAUCCGCCAAUAACUUUGGUCCGUUUGUGUUUUUGGAUUUUUUUAAGUCUAACAGCAACCUCAAUCUAAAUCUUUGGGGUCGACAUUGCAAUCAUAUGUGAUCUGUCUUGUAUAUUUUGUAUUGCUGUUGCUUAAAUAGCAAUAGUAUGACAGAGUAUUAUACUUUUUUCUUUUCUAAGUGCUAUAUAAAUUUGCCUGGUACGGCUGCAGUCCUCUGGUUGUGUACUGGACUUUUCAAAAACUGUUUGGGGUAGCUGCCACUUGAACAAAUUGUUGCCAUCCAGGGGGCAUUAGUAUUUUAAGAAAUGUGGUGGAUGUUUUAAAAAAUGUAGUUGACAUCUCCAGCAAGCCAGAAUCGGCUCAGAUAAAAAGUGGAAUUUCUUGAGUCUCCAGAUUUUUAAAAUGUAGGCACCUGAUGUGCAUAUUCAUUCAUCCAUGGACCACUGUUUCUUGCUUGUACCUCUGGCUGACUAAAUUUGGGGACAGAUUCAGUCUUGCCUUAUACAAAGGGGAUCAUAAAGUUAGAAUAUAUUUUCUAUGUACUAGUACUGUGUACUGUAUAGACAGUUUGUAAAUGUUAUUUCUGCGAACACCUUCUUAUGAUAAUUAUAUAUAAUAUAUAUAUAUCAGUUUGAUGACACUAUUUUAGUCUUAAUGCCAAGUCAGCAGAUUUGCUUUAUGAAGUACAGGGACUAGAAUUGCCCACAUUCAGGAAAUUUGUAAUAACAUUGUGUAGGCACCUAUCUCCAUUCUAGUAGAAAGUCUGUACAUACUGUAAAUACGUGUGAUUGCUUGACUUGAAAAGGUUUAAUUUCUGAAUGUUUUACCAUCCCUGUAAGUUUAUAAUUUUGACCAUAAAUUAUGAUAAAUAUAACCAAACUCCAAAGGUUGUUCUAAUCCAUGCAGCUCACACUGAUUGUGACACACAUUCUUAGUAGCUCGUGUCUCAUGUCACUGCACUGAAGUCUACAAGCCGGAACUCUGUAUGCACGCGUGUGUGCGUCUGUGUGUAAGCGUAUGUGCGUGUGGUUGGUUAAGAUGAAUCUGAAUGCAAAAGACUAAUAAGGAAACUAGAGACUGAUAUCUAGAAUCCUACCCACCUGGCUUUGAGCUGAAUUGUGCUGCAUGACGCUGUAAUGAUCCGUUGAGCAGGCAGGGAGCAUGCUGCCAAAGGUGACCGGGAAAGCAUUCUGUUGGCUCCUUGUGUUUGCUCCUACAGAGCAAAAAAUACAGGCAACUUCUAACUGUGAGUGUCCCACUGGAAAUGUACAAUCUGUGUGUGUUCGAGUAUUUGUUAUAGUAAGAAACGUUUACACAGCUUGUAGAAUUAUUUUGUGGGAAAAUAAAUUUUUCUAACUUCUCCCA